AUGUCAGGGUGCGUGCGUGCUAGCACACCGUGCUCGUCGUUAGGAACGGCCCUCACUUUGCUCGACCCGCCGCCCCCUUCCCCGCGCUGCACACGGACGACAGCUCCGUCGUCCACCCCCCGCUCCCCGACCUAUAAGGUCUCCUUCUUCGACACCGGCACCACCGGCCUCUCCCCGGACUCCUCCUCCCUCUCCGCGCUAGCCGUUCUGGAGCAUGAUUCCCCCGCCAAGCCCUCCGCCCUCGCACUUUUGCACCUACAUCCGCCCCUGCCAUCUCCGGUUGCGUUCGUCCCUCCCUUCAACGACGUCGUCCCCGCACUGCGCUCCUUCAUCGAGUCGGUGACCCCGCCCGGCCGGACCCCGCUCCUCGUCGCCCACAACAGCCCGUUCGACGCCGCCUUCCUGCACGCCCACCUCACCCGCGCAAACCUCUCCCUCCCGUCUGACUGGUGCUUCGCCUGCUCCUACGCCCUCUCCCGCGCCCUCCUGCCCUUCGCCCCGGCCUUUUCGCUCUCCCAGGCCGCCCUCAACGCCCACUUCCGUGUCACGGCGCACGCCGAGCACCGAGCCCAUCACGACGUCCGCAUCGUGCGCCAAGUACCCCACCGUCUAAUCUCGCACCACAAGCAUCCGCCCCCUCGCCUCCCACCUCGCCGAGUACCCAAUCCCCCUCGACGCCUGCGCCGCCCGCUACGACACCCCUGCCCCGCUGCGGCGCUCGCCUGCGGCCAUGACGCUCAUCGGCUCGCUGUACGUCGUGGUUUCUGGUUCCGGGGCGGGCGCAGGAGCGACUGAACGGGGACGGCAGCGGCGGGAGAGUGGGGCCUGGGUAGGCGACGCCGAAGUCGGAGACGGUGCACUUUAGCCGUGCAGACGAGGUGCAGGAUGACAUAUGGGGAUUGGAUCGGGGCAAUCUAGCGUUGGACGCGCGGAAGGAGAAGCGGGAGAAGCUGGGGCGGAAGCGGGUGAAAAAGGGGGUGCGCAGGGAGCCGGAGCGGCGGAUUUGUUUGCUGGAGGAGCUCGACGGUGGGGACUCGCUUGAUGGAGCGGGGCGGCGGCGCAAGGCGAGCUGCAACUCGCGGUCGAGGGAGUUGGUGACCGAGGGGGAGGUGCGGCAGAUGUUGCGGUGAGCAGGAUUUUGCGGUGACGAGAAUGUUGCGGUGAGGAGGGGGGUCAUUGCGGGGAGAGGGCCAGGGUGUGCGUGAAGAGGAGAACGGAUUCGAAGCCCAAGAGGGCGGUUUGGACGAUUCAGGCCGUCAAGAUGGAAGGGUGCCCGCGCGAGGCGCCCGGGCUGGCACGGGUGCAAGGAUGAUCAGCAACAACAGAGUUCUUAGAAGUGCGUUCGCUGAUAGAUGAUCAAGUCAAGAGUUGAAAAGUGACGUGGAAAGACUAUGAGGGGGCAGUCGAUCGCCACGAUACGUUCGACGAAGUUAAGGGCAUAAAAAGACGCAUGCACGGAUGCAACACACAUAAUUGUGUGUAACAGUGCUUUAUGAUGCGUAUUUGUCCUUGAAGCCUCCGCUCGAAGCCAUAUUUAUUGGGUAUCUGUGUGCAUGUCUAGAUACUCCUCGACGGUCCGGACCGCACAGUCAAAGUAUUGUGCGAUCUGGUUGGGGUAGACACAGUUCCCGCAGUUAGUAAGGAACCUGCGAUAUAGAAACAGCAACCCAACUGGGCUUUCUAAGAGCUUCAUUUUGCGUUUGUAGUCUACUACAGUAAAUUGCAUCUUCA